AUGGACUUAGCUGCUGCUGCUUCCUACGAUGAAAAGCCAACUUCGAGUCAAGUUCUUCCCCCCUAUCCUUAUAUGCCUACAACUCUUCAGGCUAGCCGUGACAAGUUGAAGCUUUACUCUCCUUCAAACUCACCUCCGAGCUCUCCCCCAUCAAUUGGAAUAUCAGGUAUCGAUGAUUCAGAGCUUGGGAGUAUGGCCUCAGAGGAUGAGGACGAUAACUUCCCUGUGACACCUAAUUCUAAGCGGUCCCAGGCCAGUGGCAAACAACGCGCUGCUGAUACUUCAGGCUUUCAAUAUUCCUAUCAAGAACCAACCCGCAAUUCCGAGUCAAACAGGCAUACCAAUUUGUACCAUCCUUAUCGCCACCGGCGACCUUUCUCAGGAGAGAGAAAUGAUCGUGCUGAGCAUAUCUUGCGCAGACAUUCGUGUAAUCAGUACUCGGAAGGUAUGAGCACCAAGGAUCAGGAGGCGUUAUUAACACAUGUAAAGAAUAUGAGCAAGCACUCAUUCCACUGCGCCAUUCACUACAAAGAAGCGGUUCGUGAGACCUUGCGCAUGGAGUACUUAUACAGAGGCUGGCUGCUUGAGACGUCAAGAAGGUUGAACGUCUUUGACAAGUCCUUACAUCAUGAAACGGAUUUGGAACUUGGGAAGGCAGAGCAAGAAUUGCAGUGGCUAGUGCAUGUGCUUGUUGGCCAGACGGAACCGCUACAUGCAGCGGCUACUCAUCAAGAUCCUGGUGUCCACCUUGAAUAUCUUACUGCAGCUCGAGAUGGCACCAGGAGAGCUCUCGAUCAUGCUGAUGCUGAGAUUGCUGUAUUAAAACAAUUUCCCAUCGGCGAUAGUGAUGACAAAUCGGAAGCCAUCCGAGUUACGGCUGUGCCAGUGUAG